AUGGCAUCCAAGAAGAUCCUCGUCGUCCUGACCUCGCACAACAAGCUGGGCGAGACCGGCAAGCCGACAGGCUGGUACCUGAGCGAGUUUGCCCACCCGUACGAGGUUUUUGCCGCGGCCGGCUACGAGAUCACGGUGGCCUCGCCCAAGGGCGGCGUGGCACCGCUGGACCCGGCGUCGAUCGACGCAGCCAAGGGCGACGCCGUCGCUCUGGCCUUCCUCGAAGACCACAAGGCGCUCUUUGAGCAGACGACGAAGCUGUCGACGUUUGCCGGCGACGCGGCCACAGCCAAGAAGACAGCGGCAGCUUUUGACGCGGUCUACUACCCCGGCGGCCACGGCCCGCUCUACGACCUGGCAACAGAUGUGGAGAGCCGGCGACUGAUUGCAGCCUUUGCGCUGGCCGGCAAGAUCGUCUCGGCCGUCUGCCACGGCCCCGGUGCCUUUGUUAACGUGCGGCUCAACGUGGAGAGCCCGGCAGAUGCGGCCUCGCCACAUCUGCUGUCGGGCCACAAGGUCAGCGGCUUCAAGGACUCGGAGGAGGCAGCUGUUGGCCUCACCCAAGUUGUGCCCUUUGCGCUCGAGUCGGCCAUUCGCGCCGUCGAUGGCGCCGAGUUCGUCCCCGUCGACGACUGGCACGUCGGUGUCGUCACCUCGGGUAAGCUCAUCACUGGCCAGAACCCGAUGAGCGGCACUGCGGUCGGCGAGGCCGUCGUGGCUGCGCUCAAGUGA